UCAAACCUUUUUCUCUUUGCCAGAGAGACAAAUCAAGAAUCAAAGGCUAUUUGCUUUUACCAAAAAAAAAUAAAAAAUAAAAAAAUGGACUCAAAAAGACAAUCUUUUUCCUAAUCCCAGAUUUCCCUUAUUACAGAAAUUUCAAAAAGAAAAAGAAAAAGGAGUCAAAUGGGAGAAGAAAGCACCUCAAAUUCCAAGCCUGAUGAUAAUAAUAAUGCAGCUAAAAAUGAUGGAAGCUAUGAGACACCAGUUAUAUUGAAUGUGUACGAUCUCACCCCUGCAAAUCAGUACUCAGUUUGGCUUGGCUUUGGAAUAUUUCAUUCUGGUAUUGAAGUCCAUGGUAUGGAAUAUGGAUAUGGAGCGCAUGACUUUCCCAUAAGUGGCGUGUUUGAAGUGGAACCUAAGAGCUGCCCUGGUUUCAUCUACAGAUGUUCAGUUCCAUUGGGUCGUAUUAAGAUGCCUCCCUCUGAAUUUCAUGCAUUUCUUGAGGAUGUAGCUUCUGAGUAUCACGGGGAUACCUAUCACCUCAUUUCCAAGAACUGUAACCAUUUCACAGAUGACAUAGCACAGAGAUUAACAGGGAAAGGGAUUCCUGGAUGGGUGAAUCGGCUUGCCAGGGUUGGUGCUUUCUGCAGUUGUCUUCUUCCUGAGAGCCUCCAAGCGACAACUGUUAAACAGCUUCCUGAGUACCAUCAUUGUACAGAAGAAGAUGGAAGUGGAUCAAUGACAUCUACAACGCCCCAUGAACCAACUGAAAGUGAAGACGGAGAUCAAGAUAAGCACUUGUUGUCAUCUCCAAUCGGAAGUCGUGAAGUGGCUUUCAUAAGAGAGACCCAAAGGUGAAAACAUGCUACCUGCAGGAGAUUCAAUAUGUAUUAUUGGUUUAUUAAAGGCUAUCGACUUAUCCCAUAGGGCCACUGCUCAAAUUCUCCAUUUGCUUGCUAUAUGUAUUACUAGUUCAUUGAUUUUAAAACCUUUUUUGCUUUUGGUUAUUAAGGUUUCCUUUAGUGUGCAAUAUGUAUUAGUUCAAAGUGACAGAAUUGUGAUCUAUUGAGCUAUAUGCCUUUGUUAGAGGUCACAAAUAUCCAUGUAAACAUUCUGAGUUUGGAAGAUGAAAACAGGCCAGUAUUUGUGAAAAUGAGAUACCAUACAUUUAUUUAAUACUACACCAGAUACUCAUAGAGGAAAUGAUCUCUUAAUUAGUUA